UUAUAGCGAGACUGUGGCGGGCAUUCUGACACUGGGGAGGAACUCGCUUGGUGUCACUGACAUCCCUAGUGACACCAAUACAGUGAUCAGUGCUAAUGUGUACUAAUGGCACUGGGUAGGGAGGGGUUAACAUGUGGGCCGAUCAAAGGGUUAACUGUGUGCUGUUUUACUGUGGGGGCUGUGUGUUUUUCACUGUAAGCACACUGCAUUGUAUGGUUCUGCUAUGCAGAGCAAUACAAAGCAGUGUGCAGGAGCUGACAGGGGAGAGAUCUGUGUUGUUCACAUACAGGGAGCGCGCGGCAUGCUCGGAAAUGCAAAAC